GCUCCCCUUCACGCGCAUCGGUCACCCGCUCGUCGGCUGCCGUCGAGAGAGCAAGACGGGGUUCCACUGAGCGCCUCUGGCAAGGGCUAAGCCGAGGGUCUCGUUUUAAUCCCUAGUCGGAUGUUUUUCCGUCGUAUUUUUUUUCCCUUUGCUCUCUCUCGUAUCCUCUGUAUUAUUAUUUUUCAUUCGGCGCUGUAAAUGUCCUAGUCUGCUGCCGGCAUGGUCUCAGACACGCUAAUUAUGGAUUCGCGAGCUAACCUAUUCUCCGCGGACCUGCCAGCACCUGAGGGAUACCUGGAAAAGAAAAGGGCGUGACCCGGAAACACGGAUCCCUCACGCCCCGAACGAUAAUCUGCUCUUAAAUUAUUGUAUAAGGCUAUAUUUUUCCCAUAAAGAGUGAUACUGAAGAAGAUGGAAGAGCGUCCAUUAUGUGCCAGGAGAGCGCUGUUAUAUUUAUAGCACCACCACAUAGAAACCAUCAAUUUCAGCAAGAAAAUAUCGACUAAAAACAUUCAAAAUAACGUGGCGUGAUGACUGUUUUGCCACCGUGUAUUUUAAGAUCGACUGUGUCUGAUACCCGGGGAUGUAUAAUGUAGACGAAUAGGAGAAGGAGACCCCGAGAUGUGGAUCCCCUCGCGAGCGGAAACGAGCUCGACGCAGGAGAUCGGCGAGGAGGUGGAGGAGGGCGCGGUGUACACCAUCACGCUGCGGCGGGUGCAGCUGCACCACUAUGCGGCGGCCACUAAGGGGCAGCGCUGGCUGGGCGCCGAGUCGGACUCGGCCCUCAGCCUGUACGAGACCUGCAAGGUGCGCACCAUCAAGGCGGGGACUCUGGAGAAGCUGGUGGAGUACAUGCUGUCGGCCUUCCGCGGGAACGACUCCACCUACGUCACCAUCUUCCUCUGCACCUACCGCUCCUUCGCCUCCACCAAGCAGGUGCUGGACCUGCUGCUCUGCCGGUAUGCCAAACUGCAGCACAUGUCCAGCACAAAGGACCCCAGACUGAUACAUGACGAUCGCACCGAGCUGAAGAAUGCCAUCUCGUCCAUCCUGGGGGCCUGGCUGGAUCAGUACUCCGAGGACUUCUGGAAGCCUCCAGACUACAGCUGUCUGCGGCGGCUCAUCGCCUACCUGCACCAGAACUUCCCGGGAUCGGACCUGGAGCGCCGGGCCUGCAACCUGCUGGCCCAGUUCCACCUGCGGCACCACCACCUGGAGCGGGAGGCGCUGGACCAUGCUCCCUGCCCCUUUGCCAUGCCAGAGGAGAACGGGUUCGAGGAUGACCGACCUGACUUCCUGGCCUUCGACCCCACCCUGGUGGCUGAGCAGUUAACCCUCAUGGACGCGGAGCUGUUUAAGAAGGUGGUCCCGUACCACUGUCUGGGGAACAUCUGGUCCCAGCGCGAUAAGAAGGGGAAGGAGCACCUGGCGCCCACCGUGCGUGCCACCGUGUCGCAGUUCAACUGCGUCACCAACUGCGUCAUCACCACCUGCCUGAGCGAGCGUGCCCUGAAGCCCGCGCAGCGCGCCAAGCUGCUGGAGCGCUGGAUCCAGGUGGCCAGGGAGUGUAGAAUCCUGAAGAAUUUCUCCUCGCUGCGCUCCAUCCUUUCGGCCCUGCAGUGCAACCCUGUGCAUCGACUCAAGAGGACCUGGGACGAGGUGUCCAGGGAGAACCUGCGCAUCUUCCAGGAGCUCUCUGAGAUCUUCUCCGACGAUAACAACCACUCCCUGAGCCGCGAGUUGCUCAUCAAGGAGGGAACCUCGAAAUUUGCGACGCUGGAGAUCAACCCGAAACGGACACAGAAGAGAAACCAGCAGAGAGACCUGAGUGUGAUGCAGGGGACCAUCCCCUACCUGGGCACCUUCCUCACCGACCUGGUGAUGAUGGACACUGCCAUGAAGGACUGCCUGGACGGGGGGUUGAUCAACUUUGAGAAGAGGAGGAAGGAGUUUGAGGUCAUCGCCCAGAUCAAACUGCUGCAGCUGGCCUGUAACAACUACAACUUCACCAGGAACACACACUUCAGGGCCUGGCUGUCCGCUGUGGAGAAACUCACAGAGGCCGAGAGCUACAGCCAGUCGUGUGAGAUCGAGCCGCUCUCGGAGUCGGCCAGUAACACUCUGAAGGCCAAGAAGAACACGGGCAUCAUAAAACGCUGGAGCGAUCGUCAGCCAGCAGCAGAGGCGGGCUGUAGCAGUGUGGGCAGUUCUCACUCCAAGUCGUUUGACCAGCUGCGCUGCGGCCUCCUGCUGAGCGGACUAGGCGGCACGGGGGGCGGGGACAGCGCUGAUUCGCUCAGCGUCACCUCGGCCGGCUCCAGCAGCUCCGACGUGGAGGACGUGGGCGUCGGCUUCGUCUCCGACUCCCCGGACGCGCACGACAAGAAGACGUCUACGCCGUCCGUAAAACAUUCCAACUCUGCCUUAGGGAAGGGAGGACCGGAACAGGACCUCACGCCCACGUUCUGGGAGUCCACCUCGCUGUUCUCUCUGGACGUGGCGGGGAUGGGCUCGGGUUCGAGCAGCGCCUCAUCCUCCUCGGUGAGCUCCAGCCCCGGCCCCGCCCCCGGCUCCGCCUCGGGCCCCGCCUCCCGUGCACACAAGCGCUCCGUGUCGGGCGUGUCCAGCUACUCCUCCCUGUCCCUCCCCCUCUACAACCAGCAGGUGGACGACUGCUGCAUCAUCAGAGUCAGCCUGGACGUGGACAACGGCAACAUGUACAAGAGCAUACUGGUUACCAGCCAGGACAAGACCCCGGCGGUGAUUCGGAAAGCGAUGGUGAAGCACAACCUGGACCGCGAGCGGCCAGAGGAGUACGAGCUUCUGCAGCGGAUCUCCGAGGAGAAAGAGCUGAAGAUCCCUGACAACGCCAACGUCUUCUACGCCAUGAACUCCUCGGCCAACUACGACUUUGUGCUGAAGAGGCGGGGCUUCCCCAAGGCGGAGCGGCCCAAGCACGUGGCCAGCUCCACCCUGCCACGCAUGAAACAGAAGGGCCUCAAAAUCGCCAAGGGCAUCUUCUGAGGGGGCCACGCCCACCCAGAGCUCUGCCCAAUCAGAGCCCGGGCCCCGCAGAGUCCUGCCCAAUCAGAACCCUAUACUCCACCCCUCCCUGUGGCAGCAAUGGCCAGACAGGCCCCGCCCUCUCAGCAGGCAGGCCUGUAGGAGGCUCUGGGGCUAUGACUGUAUGGAGCAGUCAGACUGACUGACUGACAGACAGGGGGAAUGGCAGGACUAAUCCCUUAUGAGGUCAGACAGGCUCUGUGCUUCUUUACUGCUGUGCGGAUGGAGAGGCAACCUUCACACCACCAAGCCCCCUGCCCCUGCCUCACCCCCUCCAAGAGGUACACUUGCAAAGGCUGCUGCUUCCUGUGAGCGCAGCCCCCCACUUCCUGUGAGUGCAGCCAGCCACUUCCUGUGAGUGCAGCCAGCCACUUCCUGUGAGUGCAGCCAGCCACUUCCUGUGAGUACGGCCAGCCACUUCCUCUGAGUGCAGACAGCCACUUCCUGUGAGCGCAGGUAUCUAAUACCUGUUAGCUGAGGCAACCACUUCCUGUGACCACCGACAACCACUUCCUGGCCACUGGCUCUUGGGCUGAACUGAAGGAUUGUGAUUUUGUUGACCAGUAGAACCAAACUGCUUGGUUCCCAUCUUGUAAUACUCUCCUUGGAUAUUUCACUGAAUGUGACAAUGCCGUCUUGCACGAUCAGGGUGAAGAUGGUUACCUUGGAAAUGAGGAAGGGGGAACACCAGAAGUGAUGCAUAACCUGGUGCAUCAAACAAUGCAUUCCCCCUCCCCAGGGCCACAUUCGGCCUGAGUUUUACAGGAUGCACCGCAAGCCUACGGCUUAGACAGCAUUUAGCUUUUGUACAAGCACAUGACAUAACACUGAGGUUUUUUUGUAAUAUCAGAGCUUGUGCCUGACCUAGAGGCAGAGGGAACAGUCAUUCAGGCCGGCAAAAUAAAUAACCGGGGUCCCUCUGUCCAAGUAGCCAACAGAACAAAGAGGGUUCACUCACCCCGAAAACCAGGAGCAGGUCAGGACUGACCAGGGCCCAUCACAUGAUCAGUCUUCCUGCACAGUGGUCACAUGACUGAUUCCCACCCGCCACCCCCCCUGCAGAAGUCACAUUAUCAGCCGUCCAACAUGGUAUUAUUUUUGUACCCGUGAGAUUUUUGGCUGAAGUUCUUGUUUUCAUUUGCUACUUUAGUUGAAUUAGUCGCAGUUCCUACUACAGUUCUACCGCAUAAAAUCAAAACUUCUUUGAAACAUUUUACAAGGUUAUGUUUUUUAACAAUUGUACAGUUACUAAGGCAUUUAAUUGCAGCAUUCCCUAAGUUUUAAAACUUUUCCUUCACCUUAAUCCGGUGGUUACAGCCAGGAGAGGCACUGAUAUUUGUUGGUCUCCCAUUUUGAUCGUGGUGGAUGUAGAAUUGUGAAUUACCCAAACUAAAACUGGUGAGAAAAUGAAACAAAAACAGAAACAAACAAAAUUAACUUUCACAAAAGUUAGCUGACAUUAAUAAGUUGGCUAACACUAGCUAUGUGAAUGCUAGCAUUGUAAUUGUAACGCAAGUUAACUCAGAGAAACACUUAAUGUUAUCUUCUUCAUUUCCAUAAUUUAAAACACGCAGCUCACUGGCUGGCUGGUUAUCUACUUUAGCUUAUUGAACUUUGCUACCACCCAGUCCCAUAUUUAAAACGUCUCUGAGAUGCAAAAUGUGAUUAAAACUAACCUAAACUAAACUAACCUAUUGCAAAAGACAUGCUGGCACCUAUGGGUAGUGUCCGCAAGAUAGCAAUUUUCAAUCCCACGUAUUUGUCACACAUUCCAACAGUAGAAAAAUAAUACACUAGAAUGUGACCAGGGAUUUCAGAAGAAACAGACUUGUUAACCACAAAAGCUUCACUGAUAUUUCACAAUAAUGUGUGCACUUUUAUUUGAAAAAAUAUAUGAAAAGGGGCAUUAUAAUGCUCGUUGCCUUCAUCUUUUUUUGUGUUGCGUUUUUAAUUUGCAGCUCUGUUCUCAUAUCGGUGCUAACAUCACCCGGCUCCCCUGCAUCUCCUUCUGGGUGACUUUAUGAUCACUGCGAUUAUAUUGGAGUCCCAAAGUUUACUUUUUGCCUGGAUUUUCCCAACAGGAAGAUGGCCCGUGGUUGCCAUCCCAACCAAUCUGCCUUGUAUUCUGCUCUGUUCCCCCACACCCCUUACUGACUCGUUUGCCACAAUUCCCAAGGACCAAUGACAAGCCCCGUACACUAAGGACUGAGUGUGACAUCAUAAAGGCCGCUGUAAGGGGGGGGGGGGGAGAGUGCACAGACAGUGGUAUUUAAGGCUGGGACAGUGCAUUUCGUUGACACUGUAAUGAGUGGUGCCAGAAUGAGCUGUCAGACAUCGACUUGUCGGGACCAAUCAAAGACUUUGCUGUCAACGGCAGAACACACACGAAGCGGGUGAGGCCCAGGUAUGCAGGCAAAAUGGCCGUCGCCAUGUUUGCUAUACAUGUGCCAAAGAUCAGGGGUGUGUAUGGGGGAGAGAAAUAUGGGUGGAAUAGUUCUGGUCACCAUGGCAACAGUAUCAGCUGUAUUGGCCAGACUGAGUUUAAGCCCCGUUUAAAAAAAAUUAUUUUACAUCCGAGUAGAAAUGUUAUCGGGCAGACUGCCAGGAAUGGUGUGUGCGUUCAUUUGGGAUGCAUGUGUUGAUGCAUAUCAAAGUGUCUAAUUGCAUAUGUACUUAUGUACUGGGGAUCAGGUACUGAUUUUUUUUUUUUUUUUUUUGGGGGGGGGG